AUGCGUAAACGGGAUUUUACUAUACAAGAACUUAGUCAAUUCAAUGGAAGCGGACCCGAUGGUCGGAUCUUGAUCGCUGUUAAUGGAAACGUUUUCGACGUCACCAAUAACGGCAAGGAAUUUUACGGGAAAGAUGGUCCUUAUGCGAUUUUUGCUGGUCGAGAUGCUUCAAGAUCCUUGACAAUGUUCACCACCGAUAUCCCACCAUGCAAUGAAGAGUAUGAUGAUCUGUCGGAUCUCACCUCUGACCAAAUGAAAAGUCUCAAGGAGUGGGAGUUGCAGUUCCGUGAGCGUUAUCCACUUGUGGGGAAGCUUUUAUCUCCCUCAGAGCCUCAUCACCUCUACGAAAGCGCUGAUAACGAGGAUUCGUCCCAGGUUGACACGCUUACUGGUUCUGCAAAACCUAAGACCGACUAG